AUGUUAAAAGCUUACGUGAAAGAAAAUCAGACUGACUGGGACGUUCAGCUGCCAUAUUUGAUGAUGGCUUACAGGUCGUCAGUACACGAUUCAACAAACUUCACACCGAACUACCUGAUGUUAGGGCGGGAAAUUGCUAUGCCGGUGGAUGUGAUGAUUGGAAAGGUACCUGAGGAGAGCAAAAAAACUGUAGGGCAGUGGGUUACCUUUGUCCAACAAUCUCUGCAACAGGCUUACACAUAUGUUCGACAGUUUACUCGGGCUUCUGCACUGCGCCAGAAACGGUAUUACGAUCAAAGGUCCGCAAACAGGAAACUGAAAAUAAAAGAUCGUGUGUGGGUUUAUUUCCCGACUGUCACGCCCGGUACUAGUCCUAAGUUGACUGCGUUUUGGCGCGGUCCUUUUUCCGUGACGAAGAUCGUGUCCGACGUGACCUACGAAGUUUGUCCAGUUGGGGGUGGCCGAAAACAGAUAGUGCACGUUGAUCGGUUAAAACCGUGUCGGGAUAGAAGCGGCGAUUUUGAUGAUGCCAUUAGAGAGUCAGAUGAGAGCGGUGGCGAAGAGGAUUCAGGAGCCGAAGAACACCCAGCACAGGAGUUGACUCCUGCUGGUUCAGGUGAUAUUGAUCUGUUAAAUGGUGUAGGGAGUACGGCUCUAGGUGAUAAUUCGCGACCACGCAGAAAACGAUCGAUUCCGAAUAAGUUCCAAGACUUUUAUAUGUAUAGUGUCUGUUAG